UAAGCUAUCAAGGAUCAUUCUAAUCCUUUCUGAAUCAUUUUUAAUCAUCAAAGCUCCUUUGGACAAUAUUUGCAUCUCUUAAAAAUAAAAGGUAGAUCCAAAAUGUGGUUGCUCUUAACAGUGACAAGUUUAAUAUCUGCACUUGGAACUACACAUGGUUUCUUGGGACAGGUACCUGAGAGUCCUGAAGUGCAUAUGAAUAUUAGUCAAAUGAUUUCCUACUGGGGAUACCCAAGCGAAGAAUAUGAUGUUGUGACUGAGGAUGGUUAUAUCCUUGGAAUCUACAGAAUUCCUUACGGGAAGAAAAAUUCAGAGAAUAGAGGCCAGAGACCGGUGGCCUUUUUGCAGCAUGGUUUGCUCGCAUCAGCCACAAACUGGAUUGCAAACCUGCCCAACAACAGCCUGGCCUUCAUCCUGGCAGAUGCCGGUUUUGAUGUGUGGCUGGGGAACAGCAGGGGAAACACCUGGUCCAGGAGAAAUUUGUACUACUCACCAGACUCAGUUGAAUUCUGGGCUUUCAGCUUUGAUGAAAUGGCUAAAUAUGAUCUUCCAGCCACAAUCGACUUCAUUGUAGAGAAAACUGGACAGGAGAAGAUUCACUAUGUUGGUCAUUCUCAGGGCACCACCAUUGGUUUUAUUGCUUUCUCUACCAAUCCUGAAUUGGCUAAAAAGAUCAGAACCUUUUAUGCUUUAGCUCCAGUGGCAACUGUGAAGUACACAACAAGCCUUUUAAAAGAGCUUUCGUAUGUCCCUACAUUUCUCUUCAAGCUUAUAUUUGGUGAAAAGAUGUUUAUGCCACACAAUUUCUUUGAUCAAUUUCUUGCCACUGAGGUGUGCUCCCGUGAGACGGUGAAUCUUCUUUGCAGCAAUGCCUUAUUCAUCAUGUGUGGAUUUGACAGUAAAAACUUCAACACGAGUCGCUUGGAUGUGUACUUAUCGCAUAAUCCAGCAGGAACUUCUGUUCAAGACAUUCUCCACUGGGCCCAGGCUGGUAGGUCUGGAAAAUUUCAAGCUUUUGACUGGGGAAGCCCAUAUCUGAACAUGUUACACUUCAAUCAGAGCACGCCUCCCUACUACGAUGUGACAGCCAUGACAGUGCCCAUUGCAGUGUGGAACGGUGGCAACGACCUGUUGGCUGAUCCCCGGGAUGUGGAUGACUUGCUUCCAAAACUCUCCAAUCUCAUCUACCACAAGGAGAUUCUUCCUUACAAUCACCUGGACUUUAUCUGGGCAAUGAAUGCCCCUCAAGAAGUUUAUAAUGAAAUUGUUUCUAUGAUGUCAGAAGAUACAGAUUAGCUCUGGAUGUGAAGAAUUAUCCACUUAGUUUUCCAAAAUGCUUUCUGCUCUUAUAUGUCGCAUUCUGAAAUGCUUAAAAUUCAGUGCCUCUUCCUGUAAUGUUGACUUUAGAAAUAUAUUGGCAUCAACAAAC